CCUCCGACCGCGCACCCGCUCCGAAUCAUGCCGGGCUGUCGGUCUCGACCGCGGUAUAACAGAGCUCUCCUUGUUCCUGUGCUCGCAGAUCUGACCUCCUUAUUAACUACGAGCCGCCAAACUGGGGUUCAUCUCCCCAACUUGCAGCCUUCCGCCGGCCAGUUCUUCGCGUCUCUAGACCCCAUUAACGAGGCCUCUGCUAUCCUGGGUCCCUUAAACACAAACCCAAGGAGCUCAGUGCAGCACCAGUUUCAAGACACUUUUCCAGGUCCGUACGCAGUUCUAACCAAGGACACGCUGCCCCAGACGUACAAGAGGAAACGCUCCUGGUCCAGGGCUGUUUUUUCCAACCUGCAGAGGAAAGGCUUAGAAAAACGGUUCGAAAUCCAGAAGUAUGUCACCAAACCGGACAGGAAGCAACUGGCGGCGAUGCUGGGGCUGACAGAUGCUCAAGUGAAGGUGUGGUUCCAGAACCGGAGGAUGAAGUGGCGGCACUCCAAGGAAGCGCAG